AUAGGCUGAAGCUCCAAAAAGUUGCUGUAGACGUGUAACUUACUUCCCUUUUUUUGAAGCCGGCAUUCCUCCAACUCUACCGGCAGCAGUGUGCUUCGACUUAUUCCUUGUCUUCUCGUCGCGGCGUUUUUCCUUCACAAUUCGCCAGUGAUUGCAAAAUGACAGUCAUUAGGUAUACAAGGAAUUUAUUCCUCCGAGGGAUAAGUGUUGUGUUCCUAUUUGCCUUCACAUCGUUCUACAUACAAAUCCCCGGAUUGUACGGCCGAAAUGGUAUUCUACCAGCAUAUACUCAGUUUGAGAAGCCACAUGCUGAUAUGCGCAUCAACCUUCAGUCAAAACCAACGUUACUUUGGUUCGCACCAGCUCUUGGGAUUGAUGUAGAGCACAUGCUAGAAAUACUAUCAGUUGUUGGCAUACUCUUGUCCUUCACAGGGUUUGUAUCUCAGAAGUGCUGUUGCAAGCCGGUUUUUGCUGCUCUCUGGUCCCUUUACUACUCGCUCUUUCAAGUGGGACAAACAUUCAUGUGGUACCAAUGGGAUGUUUUGCUUUUGGAAGCCGGCUUUCUCAGCAUUUUAGUUGCACCUUUCUGGUAUGGGAAAGUAAGCAGAAAGGCAAGAAAUGUGCAGUCUGCUCCUUCUGACUUUGUAUCAUUCUGGUUAGUUCGCUGGCUCUUAUUCCGCCUGGUAUUUUCGGCUGGUGCUAUCAAAUUAGCCAGCGGCUGUCCCUUGUGGUGGAGUCUGGAUGCUUUAAGUGUACACUUUGAAUCUAUGGUGCUUCCGACGCCUCUGUCUUGGUAUGCACACUAUCUACCACGCUGGUUUUUGCGUUUGACCACUGCUUUUGCUCUCGUCAGUGAACUCGCUAUUCCUCCUUUAUUCUUCUUCCCAAGCAGACUUGUCCAGACAGUUGCCUUCUAUGUUCAGAUAUUCCUGCAGCUGAAUAUAUUCUUAACUGGAAACUUCAACUUCUUCAACAUUUUGAUCACCGUCCUUUGUCUAUCGUUACUCUCGGACUCAUUCUUUUUUGGAAGUAUUCCCACGAAAGGUUCCAAAGGUGAUAGCACUUUAAAAACUAUAUUGAGUAUCCUUAUAAGUCUGGGUGUUUACGGUACUCUACUCUACUCAGCCUACAUUCUGUUUUCUCUGAAGGUUCUUCCGUCAGGAGCAAUUGAAGCCAAGAUUGCAUUCUCCAAAAAUAUGUUCGACACUGCCAUGUCUUAUGCAAUGCCUGGAUUUGCCAUACUAGGAGCUGUCUCUCUAUCCUUCACCGCUCUGUACGCAUUGUAUUCCUCUCUCCAGAACAAAAAUGGACAGAAAAGCACCUUUUCCACGAUUUUCUCCUUUAUUUCAACGCUUGUGUAUGUCCUCAUAGCUGCCUUUGUCUUUAGUGUCAGUUUGGUUCCAUUUUCGACCAUCCACCCAGCUGGCAAACAGAUCGCUCUCCCAUUGUUGCAGCAAUUCAAUGAAAGCGUCUCCAAUCUGCACAUAGCCAACUCAUAUGGUCUUUUCAGGCAUAUGACAGGUGUAGGUGGUCGUCCUGAAGUCAUUAUUGAAGGUUCUGACAACAUGAAGGAUGGGCCAUGGAAAGAAUACAACUUCCUCUACAAACCGGGCAGUGUUAGCAAGAGCCUGUCUUUUGUUGCUCCAUACCAACCAAGACUUGACUGGCAAAUGUGGUUUGCAGCCUUGGGAACUUACCAUCAAAAUCCAUGGCUUGUAUCUUUCGUCUACCGACUUCUAACUAAUGAACCCGAUGUUCUAAAACUGAUUGACAACAGUCACAAUCCUUUCCCCUCUGCACCCCCCAAGUUCAUCCGCGGAUCUUUGUACAAGUACAGCUACACACCACACGAUACCAAAACUUCUGAUUGGUGGACACGGAAAAGAGAAGGUGAAUACUUACCUGUUUUCUCUAAGGAUCACCCUCCCCUUCUCGAAUACCUGCGUGCGCAGAAUAUCCUGACAUCGUCGAAGCCCAAAUCCAUCACGCAUCCCACUGUCAAAGAAGUGUUGGAAAAGACCCGCACAAUUAUUACAGCCGUUGAACCAUAUGUUUUAAUGUGGUCUCUUAUCACUGCUGCUUUUGCAAUAAUCUUCCUCACAACACCAAGCCAAUCUGGACCAUUCAAGCCCAAAAAAUCUAAGUGAAACUAGAAGUCAUAAGAAUUUACUGGAGGAAUUCUCUGAAAAACCUAAUACCGGUGAUCAAACUUUUUAUUACUCUGGAGUAAUUUUCAGUCUCUUCUCUUUAAUAUUAGUUUUUACUUUGCUUAAGACUUGCCUUUUCAAUCUCAAUGUAGGCUCAUGAUCUUUCAAUACUCUCCUCAGGUCUUAACUUUGUAAGCAAUGGCAGUGGCAGAAGACUGAAUUGUAGGCGUAAUUAUGUAAUGCCUUGUCCCUCUUACUUUGAAAACCUUUUUUUAUUAUUUUAUGUGGAUUUUAACAAGAGUGGACUAUCAAACUUUUCAACUUUUAAUACUCAGAGGUAAAAUCAAGAGUUUGUAGUGCAUUGAUUUUUAUCUGGAAAACUGAAUGUUUGGUGGUAGUGGUGAAACGCCAAAAAUUUUAAUCGAUUCGACAUCUUUUCAAUACUGCCCGCUGUUGAUCAAUUUUUACAAGUCUUCUGCAUCUUUUUCUAAAUAUUUAUUUUUCAUUUAUUCAUUUAUUUUUUUUUUUUUUCAUUUUUUUUUUUUUGCAAUAAUACAUUAAAGCAGUUUAGGCUCUCCUAUCGAGCUGAAGGUGCUCAUCAGCAAAAGUAAAAGAAGUGUAGCUGAAAAAAUCUAAGAAUUAUAUCUUUGAAAAAAUGAAAGGGAGGUAUUUUUACCAUACUUUCACAUGUAGUUGUGCUGUUUUUGUAAACUCGUCAAUGGUCUGUUUAUAACUGAAAAAAAUACUCUUAUAGUAAAAGUCUCAAGUGUUCUUUAACAACAAAAAAUAAUUAAUUUUCUUCCUGCGUUUUCUUUCUUUUUUGUAAACAAUUUUACUUUUAAACAAAAAAAAAAAAAACCUGUAAUCCUUUAAUUUUCUUCUUCUUAGGUAUUUCUAAUUGUAAUUUGUUUGCUACUCUCAUGUCAUCUGCAAACUGCAUGAAUCUUAUAAAUGUGAUUAUUAGUUCUUUCUCUACACCGAAUGAAGCAACUGAAGGAAAGAUAAAGUUUAUCAUCUCGAGUUCUGUUCAUUUUGGGUAACUUUAAUGAAAAGCUUUAAAUAGUAGAAGACAUGAAAUAAAAGAGGCAAAAAGGGUUUUUUAUUUGGACCACAUCUAGUAAUUAGGAGCUACAAUCUCUGGCUCUGUUUAGAAACAACGUUUGUACCAUUUGUUUCCCUAUGCACUUACGUGUUCUUACAGAUGAGCUAGAAAUUUUAGUUCCUAAUUGAUGACGGUAGUCCAAAUAAGAAAAACCCGGGUAAUGUGCAAAAAAAAGUGUUGUAUGUAUCGUAUCUUUAAAAUAAUAAUUUGUGAUGUGCAGCUUUAUUAAUUUAUGAACCUUAAUCGAAGGGUCCCCCUCACUUUGCCGCGUUCAGGAAGAACGCUGUAUGAGCCCUCAGACAUUGCUGAAUUUCCUUUGAUAAAGUACAAAUUUUCCGAGAAAUUUACAAAUAUUUUUCCUCCAGUUUUUAGAGAAUUUUAUUCCUAAUUCGAAUCAAAUUACCUGAAAAUUUCAAAAGAAAAAAUUCAUAACUCUUCUUAAAAAUAAACAUUGUGUUGGAGGAAAUGUAGCUACUCUCAAAUUUUCAGUCACUGUUUUUCCUCAGCACAGCAGUAUUAAGACCAGCAAAAAGACAACAAUGAGCAUCAAACUCUUGCUGAGCUUGCAGAAAAUGUACUUCUGCAAAGCAGGGAGAAGAAAGUCUUUGAAGAAUGAAACUAAUGUUUUUUUCCUCACUCACUUGUUUUCCUUUUCUGCUCUGUUUAGUGAGGAAAUUCUAGAUAAGAACUCAAGAACAGUCAAUUUUUCUUAGCUCAGCCCCAUUCAUCAUCAGUUUUCUGCUCUUGAACCUUCUCUUGAUAGAUUCCUUGGGAUAAAAUAAGUGCCAGGAAUGUUAAAUAUGCCUACUUAUUUUAAUUAUCCUCAUUGUGUGUUUUCAAUUAUUAGUCAGAGCCAGCGCUUGAGUGCAUUAGCCCUUUUUAAGAUCUUCGAUGGAUUCGAUUCAGAUUGAAAGGCAUUAGGAGAGAAAUUUUGAUACGAAACCGUCCUACUUUUUUUAGUGUUUAUAAUCAUCGAAUUUAUUAUUUCGAAGUGGAAUGACUCCUUACUGUACAGCUAUUUAGGCAGCAUCUGCUUACUUCCAUUUUCGCUUCAUCUUGCUUUUGUACUUUUUUUAACCUUUAUUUUCAGUCAGGGUAUUUCAAUAUUUUAAGUUGAUAGAGCUGUUCUUAUGAAAUUAUGUUCCAUGUUAUUUUUUUCUAUCCUUUUUUAAUUGGUCAAAAAACUUCCGCUUCAGUCAAAAAGCAACGGGGAAAGUUGAAUUAUUAUUUCAUACCAAGAUGAUUCCAACAAGACACCUUGAUUCAAACACCUCUAGUGUAUCUGCAGCAAUGGGCACUGCAUAGGUUGCAGAAACGUUGCAGCAACCUUUUUGUAACGCCUCUGCAACCUUUUCUGGAAACGAUUGCCCGACAGGAUUCAAAAUCCUCAGAAAAAUGGAUUUACCAAAGUUUCUGAGUUCAGAAGCUCCGAGAUAUUGGUGUCCUUAAUUCAGUGCUUUAGCUUAUGACUCUCAAAGAGGUAGGAGCUAAAUCUGUUGGUUUUCUCUUUCCUUUCUAGCAUUCUAGUGAUUGUUGCUACUUUAUCAAUUAAGAUUCCUGGGUGACUUUUUUCUCAGCUUUACAUAUAACUUUUAGUGGUUCCUCCCACACUGUGCAAGCAUUAACUUUUAAUCAAAAUUCAUAGGUACUUUUUCAAAUUCCUCUUGUGUCCUUUAAAUGUGUAUUUUAUUAAGUAAAGUGUUAGCUAAAUUAAGAAAAAUUCUUGGUUUUCAGUGCCUUGGGAACGUUUAUCAUACGAAAUCUAUAGAUGAGCAAAGAUUCUAUAUAACCAGCAUCCUGUAUCCUAAUUUCUUAUUGGGAAUCUAGCUUUAAACCAACAGGAAUCUAGGGUUUCAGGAAAGACUGGAUUAUUCCUUUCAAUAGAAGCAUGGAAAAUUGAUCGUCUUAUUUUGAUAACCUUCGGCCUUGGGAGUCAUAAAGUCCAUUCUAAAUCGUUGCAUAAUUAUAACCCUUUUUCCUAAAAUUUUCGAAAGUUUGAAUUUUCCCGGCAUCCAAGAAUGUUGAAAGGAAAAAUUCAAUGCACCUCCAAGCAAGAUCUCUGAUGUAACCUAAUUUUGAUCUGAUUUUCGUAGUUAAGUUUUACAAGAAGUUCAUUCAUCAUCAGGGGCGAACUAGAACCGAUAAAAUAACCGAGAAUUCCCGCCCAUCUUAGUUGUUUUUUGUUGCUGUACAAAGGAGACCAACUGGUCCAAUAUCAUCCUAUGUAUCGACAGGCUCACUAGGAUUUUUCCCAGUGUUCCCGCCUCCCUGUCCACCCCUGUUCAUUAUAGUCAGAACAACGUUUUCUUGAAUAUUUAUAGCUUAAUACCUGAUGAGUGAAUGUAUAUCAACGUAUAAGCCCACCAGUGCCGAACAUAGCUAUCUAAUUUUCAUGUUAGACUUCUUUCAGAGGUUAUAUAUUUUAUACUUUAUUCAGAGGCUCAAGUAAGUAAAAGGCACUUUGUGUUGUCUGUAAGACAGGGCAUCACAUGACACUGAUCAAUGUAUGAAGUCUCAAACAUAACUGAUUUUCCUCUUUUUCUUUUUAAUACCUCUUUAUUAAAGCUAUGGCUUUCCUCUUAAUCGUCUGCCUAGUCCUUCAACUUAAUCUCAUCUAAUAAAAUAACCUUUGUAUAUCAUCGUAAAUCCAUCUUAUAAUACUUGUGAAUACUUGUGAUAUUAGUUUUGAUGAUCAAGGAGGUAUCCUAAAUCUCUAACCUUUUCCAAUUUGUUUGAUACUUUGAUUGUCACGGCAUUUAGAUCAUUGCAUUUUUCCUUCUAUGUAACAUUCAGUUGUUUAUAUUUUAAGUGUUUUGUACAGUUAUUCUAUCAAUACAUCAGUCUAUGCUGUUGCUGACAUUUUUCUCAA